AUGGAGUCGGACUGGGACACGCUGAGAGCGCUGGGGGCGGUGACCGCCGCGUGCCUGCUGCUGUGGGCGGCGUGGGGGGUGGGCUGCACGGUCUAUGUGUACCUGCUGCCCCCGGUACGCCGGGGAGCCCCAUGGCUCAGGGCGCACGGAGCCUGGGCAGUGGUGACAGGACCCACCAGUGGCAUCGGCAAGGCCUAUGCACACGAGCUCGCCCGGAGAGGUCUGAACAUCGUCCUCAUCAGUCGCAACCUGAGCAAGUUGGAGCAUGAGGCGGAGGAGAUAGAGCGGCUUCAUGGCAGGCUCACUCGAGUCAUCCAGGUGGACUUCACCGGCGGCUUGGAGAUCUACGAGGCCGUUAAGACAGGCCUGAAGGGCCUGGAGGUCGGAGUCCUGGUGAACAACGUGGGCAUGUUAUAUGAAAAGGCCAUGGCGAAGCUGCUGGACUGCGAGGACGUGGCCAAAAGACUCUCUGAUGUCAUCAACUGCAACAUCAUGUCUGUGGCCCAGAUGACCGCAAUUGUCCUGCCCCAAAUGGUCUCCAGGCGCAAAGGCAUCGUCAUUAACAUCUCUUCCUUUACUGACCGGAAGCCCUGGCCGCUUCUAUCAGCCUACGCCGCUUCCAAGGCCUUUGUGCGAAACUUCUCGCAGGCAGUGGGCGCGGAGUACUGCUCUCAGGGAGUCCUCGUGCAGACAGUGAGCCCCCUCAUGAUCGAGUCAAAUAUGACCAAUAACGUAAAAUACCGGACGCUGGUAUUGAAUUCCGCGGACUUUGCUCGGCAGGCGUUGGACACCCUUGGCCUCACCUCCCAAACCUCUGGAUGCUUCAGCCACGCUGUGCAGAUUGCCCUGCUGGCUCUCUCCCUGCCCAGCUGGUUUUGUCUCAGUCGCUGGGGACCAAAGUUUUUACUUCUGUUGAACAACGCUACGGUGAAGGCAAAGCCCUCCCAUAAAAGGCCCUGA